GAAGCCGGCAUCCCAGCACCGGCUGCUUAUAGGCCGCAUACACUGAGACAUCACUCGUAUAACAGAUAGUCUCCGAGGUUCCAACGCUGCCAUACAAGCUCGUCGUUAUCUCGCGAAUCCAGAGACAUGGCCACCUUUGCCAACCCGGCAAGCUGCAGUCGGACCGUGGCGACGAAGUCGUCUCGCAAAUGCGCGCGAGAGUAUCUGAGGGUGCAUGCCUCGGCAAGCGGAGCCUUCGGCGGCCACAACUCUGCUGCGGGUUCGGGAGGCAACCCGCGCGCGAACAUGAGCGGCGUGUUCCAGAUACAAGGCUCACCCGUGCCAUGUACAAUGCUGGACGUCAGGGACGCCUACGAGGCCUGCAGCCUCACGUCAAGCCCCGCCGAGAGGCGCCAAUGCUUCGAGGUGUACGGGCUGGACAGCGACAAAGUGGACCGCUACUACGAUCGUGUCGUGUCUAUGGAGCGGCUCAUUGACCAGGGCGACUCGGUGGGGCAGAACAUGGUGGCCUCCGGCGGCGCCAUGGCCCUGUACAUGCUGGCGUGGUACAUCCUGAAGGUUUGAGGAGGGGGGAGGGGCUGCAGCGCUGGCAGAGGCGCCAGCAGCCAUGGCGCGAUCGGCGGCGGUGUAUGCGUGGCGCAGGCGGGGCAGCAGUUACAGCUACAUCUGCGGCGGCGGCGGCCAUUAUAGUAAUUGCAGCCGCAGUAGCAGCGGCAGAUGCCGCAUUGUUGGUGUGCUGGCAGCAGAAGCAGCAGGCAGAGGCCCUCAUGCGACUGCAGCGUCUGUGGCGAUUGUGUGGCGGGGGAUGCCAACACGGCUGGGUGCUUGGCGGAUGCCGGGUUGCCAGCCCGCGUUGGACUCACCUCCUGGGAGUGUGCCCGGGGGCAGCACCACGGGGCAGCGCCGUGGUGCGGAGGUGGGUCGUGCAUGCGGGGGCAAUCUAGCAAGGGACUUCACGUUGCUGUGAAGAAUUUUUUUGACGAGUCCGCUGUCGAUUAGGUGGGCGGUCAGCAGUGCACUUUUAUCUAUCGUGUGGCGGCGUGUGCCAUGUAUUUGAUGGCCCGCAAUAGGGUGGCCCCAGCACUACUGAGCAAUACAAUAUCACCGGUAAGACACGCGUCCGCAUGUGUACAUUAGGUUGGCCAUGCGUAGUUGCGGCAAGGUCGUAUGGGACGAACAAUGUCCGCCGCACGAUGAAAAAGCUGUUGGGCUCACGACAUGGCUUUAACUGGUCCGGCCGCUGGGGGCGUAAUUUUGUUGGUUUUGUAGACGCCGCUAGGCGUUGGUUGUUUUGUUGGUUGUUUCUAGGGAUUGUUUGAUACAACGAUGCAUUGAUGUAGACACCGCUUGCGACUGCAAUGCAAAUUACGUGUUGGCACGAAGUACUUGGAAACCGAAGUGCGGUCACGCGGUGAGUGCCAUGCGGUAGGCGUAGCGGUGUCGCUGAAGGGGAGAUGGGACACAAAUGUCACGGCGAGGGAAGUUUGCGUGGGGAACCACAUACCUUGUCCUGGCAAGAUGACCCCAGAUUGGGGGAUGUGUGUCCCAGGCAGGGCGAGGAAGGGGGGCUCUGUGGUGUGAGUGGAGCUGGACGCACGCUAUUGUGCAGCCCACACUCCACUGCGCGCUGACAUGAUGUAACCUACCCUGCGCGGGGGGCGAGGGUGGGCUGCAACCUACGUCAUUCAAGCC